AUGCCAAUACGGUCGACCGGCGACAAAGAGGUCGAAGCAGUCGACCUGGACCGCUUAUUCGAACAAUAUGUCGAGACAGAUUUACUCAAUCAUUUCAAUGACCGCACGCCUAAGCAAUCCACUUCAGAUAACACGACGCAUCAUUUCGAAUCGUCUUUGUCAAAUGGAAGCGAAUGCUUUGGUCCUGAGCCUAUACUCGAUCGGGAAACACAGGCUGCUUGGCACAAGGCUCUCGAAAAUGGCGGUGUUGGCUUCGUCAACUUCACGCCAGAUGACAGCCGCAAAAUCCUCACUGGUGUUGCACCCAGCGGUUCUAGCAAGACAAAGGCACGACGAGAGAAGGAAGCCGCCGAUAAGCGCAGGAAGCUUAGUCGAGCGGCUAUGAAGGCUGUUAUAGAGGCCGGUGGUGAUAUCGACAGUCUGAGGAGGUUGGAGAGGGAGGGCCUGCUGGUCAUGGAAGGGUGA